ACGUUCUUACGUUAUCUGUGGCACAACAAAUCCGCGCUACCGAGGAGAUUACUGUUUUGUGCAAUUUUCUCGUAUAUUUCAACUAAUUUAGAUCCGUAACUAUCAAAAUGGCAACCACGGCCAAGCCACGCUCGGAGAUGACUUUGGAAGAGUUAGCUAAGAUUGAGGAGGAAGAAUUCAGCACAGGGCCUCUGUCCGUGCUAACACAGUCCGUGAAGAACAAUACUCAAGUUCUGAUCAACUGCCGAAACAACAAGAAGUUGCUGGGCCGUGUCAAGGCCUUCGACCGGCAUUGUAACAUGGUUCUUGAAAAUGUAAAAGAAAUGUGGACUGAAGUGCCGAGGACUGGUAAAGGAAAAAAGGGCAAAGCUGUUAACAAGGACAAGUUCAUCUCCAAGAUGUUCCUCCGCGGAGACUCUGUCAUCCUGGUCCUCAGGAAUCCUCUCGCCACCGCAGCGGGAAAGUAAACUAAGUUUAAGGUACCAAAGUCAUCUAUUGUCAUAAGGACAGCAACACUUAUCCAACCCGAAAUCAAUAUCUAAAUGUAAUUGAAAUAGGGUCAUUUAGCGUCAGUAGGCGCAAUGACCCUAUGUGGUGAAUAUUGAAAAAAAUUUGAUCACAAUAAUUUUAUUUUGACCAAUAGGUAUUUCUUAUCAAUUUUCAUGUGGUUGGUUUGCAAUGGAUGCAUUAGAUGUAAUUUUAUAAGUCUCAAUAUAAGGUUUAAAAU